GUAACAAGGGCCGCGAACGUUCGGCUUGUGGAACGUGGUGAAUCGGGGAGGGGCCGAACCAGGCUGCUGUGGCCUCGCGGGAGGGGCCAGGGAGAGCGCGGGGGGUGGGCUCGGGCCAGCCCCCUUCUCGUGCCGUGUGUAUUAGAGGUCACCCGGCCUCUUGUUGCUGCAGCUGCUCCCAGCCCCACGGAGCUCAGUAGAUGCUCCCAGUUUCAGGGACUUUUCCCAGGUGGCAGGAGCAGGUGCCGGUCUCUCUGCGGAAAAAGGACGUCGCAGCCAGUCUUUAAACCAUGAGCUCCCUCACGAUCCAGUCCUUCCGGGAGAUGAUGAAAAGCCUGCUGAGCUCAUCCAACUUUGAUGGGGUGUUGAGUAAGAUGACAGUUCUUUCUGCAACUCCUGGAAAGCUUGUUUGUGAAAUGAAAAUAGAGGAGGAGCACACAAACAGAGGUGGCACAUUGCAUGGAGGUUUGACCGCUACACUAGUAGACGUAGUGUCAACAGCAGCAUUGUUGUACACAGAAAGAGGAAUGCGUGGGGUCAGUGUGGAUAUGAACAUUACAUACAUGUCUGCUGCUAAGAUUGAGGAAGAGAUAUUGAUCACAGCUCAGAUUCUGAAGCAAGGAAGAAGUAUUGCCUUUGCCAGCGUGGAUGUAACAAACAAGGCAACAGGAAAGUUUGUAGCACAAGGAAGACAUACUCUAUACCUAGGACAGUAAUACAAGAAAAUGAUAUCUAAAAAGGAAAGUUUGUGCUUAAGAAGCUAGCAUUGAUUUUUUUUUUUUCUAUUUCAAGCUUUAUCAAGUUACCACAAUCUGAAGGCAAGUAAAUGAUCUAUGUAAAAUAA